AUGCGACUGAAAGCCAGCUACACACUCGCAGACACUCGAUGGUUACGAGGGAUCGAGCCCUUUCAGACGAGCUCCGUUGAAUUGACGUCGCAAGUGGAGGAAUUCGACCCAUUUCGAAAUUUUGAUGAAACAUCUACGUGCACAUCAUGCCGGAUUCCACUUCCCGAGGAGCGACAAGGGAUUCUCGAUCAUUAUCGCAGCGAUUGGCAUCGUCACAACGCAUCUCGGGCGCUACGGGGACAAGAACCUCUAGCUGAAGAAUUGUACGAAGAAGAGGUCGAAAAAGAUGAAGUUUCCUCACUUUCUUCCGAUAGCGAUGAUGAUGUAUUUUUGGAUCGUUUGCUUGGCUCUACUCAUGAGUACUUCAUUCAAGAUGGACAGGUAUUUUCCGUUUACAAAUGCAUUGUUUCUCCGGAAAGGCCAUUGGACUCGAAUUUUUUCCGAAUGACAACUGACUGCGCCAUUUUCAUGUUAGCUGGUGGACACUUUGCAGGCGGUAUCUUUAAAAGGGGUGUUUUGACGCUACACAAAACAAUACAUCGAUAUACCGUUCGCGCUAAACAAGGCGGAGCACAAUCAGCCAAUGAUUCGAAAAAUGGGAUGGCUCACUCGGCUGGAGCAGCUUUGAGAAGAUAUAAUGAACGUGCUUUACAUACGGGGAUCGAAGGUCUAAUCAAAGAAUGCUAUCAACGGCAAGCUUUCUUUUCGGAAAGAUUGUUUGAUAAAAACGAUCAACGAAUUAGAUCAUUUCCCUUUGAAACCAAGCGGCCAAGUAUCGAUGAGUUGAAACGUGCCUAUAACCUGCUUGAUUCUGUCUUUGAGCAUGGUACAUAUGAAAAAUUUAUGGAAGAGUUAAAAGCUGCUCAAAAUAAAAAGUCGGGCGUUCAACUUACGAAGAAAAAGAAAGACACGAAAUUAAACGAUAUUAUUGACAGCGAAGAAGACGAGAAGAACGAGAAUGAAGAAAGGCAGCGAAAAACAGAAAGAACAGAGAAAAAGAAUGCCGAUCUCCAAUUUGACAAAGAGGAGCGCGAAGUCCUCGAUCCAUUUUCGGAUAUUGACAAACAAUGGAAAUCGAAUGUGUACGCGGUUGUUCGAAAUGACGAUCCCGAGACUUUACAGAAACUUCUGGAAACAUGCCCGUGCGACCGUGAACGAGCCAUCCAAUUCAUCAACGAGAUGGCCUAUCCACCGCUUGGGAAUACGUUAAUGCAUAUCUCUGCAUCAAAUGGUUCGCAUAAAGCGCUUGAGUAUCUCCUACGUCUCUGCUCAAAUUUAUCGAUCAGAAAUAACAACGGAGAUGUUCCUUUUCAGAUGUCACUUGAUAAAUCGAUUCGCCUUAUUUUUAUGAAUUUUCGCGCUAAUUCAAAUGAGGACACACGGAUUGAUUGGCGAUCAACGCACAUUCCUGUGCCAACACCUAAAGCUGAGAAAAACGAAGAGCAAUUGGCACUCGAGCGUGAAAAACGGAAACUAAAAAAGACGAGGCAAAAAGAAAAUCAAAGAACGAAAAAGGCUGAAGAGAAGGCACUUGCAGAGGAAGCGGCAGCAAAAGAAGCGUGGUUGGCCUUGCCGGAUCGAGAAAAACGAGCGCGAGCGGCUGAAGCUCGUCUUGCUGUGUUGGAAAACCUUCAACGUGCCCGAUGCUAUCAGUGUGGCGGCGUUCUACCAAACAAGCCAUUCACCUAUUCAACGUUUGAAUUCUGCGCCCCAACCUGUGUUUCUGCGCAUCGAGCAACUCAACCACCCAAUAAAAAUGUU